AUGGACAUCCAGCCUGGAAGCCGCAGCCCUUGCCCUGCUCCCUGCUCAGAAGCCCAGCCCGGGAGCCCAGGCAGGCCCAAGCCCUUACGCCUAGAGCAGCCCAGGCCUCUCCCCAGCCUGGAAGGCAACCCAGGGGGGCCCCAAAGCCCAGGCUUCACCUCCCUGGUGGCCCUGGCUCCCGGCUGCGCCCUGAAGGUGCCCCUGAGCCACGUGGAUGUGGUGCUGGAGCCCGGCCCGGCCUCCAUCCUCACGGUGAACCUCCCCGACCAGAGGCUCUUUCUGGUCCCCGAGGAUCUCCUAGCCUGCCUGGAGCCGCACCCGGGAAAGCAAGGCGACCCGGCCUGCGGCAUGCUCCUCAAGGUCCCGAAGGACGCUUCGUGGGAAGAGAUCACCAUCCAGGAGGAAGUCUGCUGCGAGUCUGUCCCCGAGGUCCCUCUCCAGGAAGAGGCCUGCGUGGCCACCGGCUCGGAUGGAGACUUCAUGCAAUUAUCAUGGUCCAGCAACAGUCUUGGGCCUGUCAAGCUCAACCCUGAUCCCCACAGUGGCCAUACCGAGGAGGCCAUCUUCGUCCUGGAGGAUUUUCAGCUGUCGGGCUCAGUCCCUGGCUCACCGCUUCAGCCUCUGGCUGGGUUUCCUCGUCCACGUGGAGUCCCCGUCUGA